CGAGAGAUCCGCCGUUUCAAGUACCGGAGAUCACGUCAGUAUCGAAGGACAUGGACUAUAACCUUUACGUUAAUGAACUGAACAGGGAAAAAAGAGACGCACUCGGCAUGGACGGAUUCAAUAGAUUACCGAUCAAGCAGUGUACGGAAUGGUUUAAUAAGCUGAAUAUUUACACCUCCAAACACCCACUGCAUUUGUCAAGAGUCGUAGCUGUCAACGAUACCAUUGAAAUCCCAUGCUACUAUUGUGGUGAUCCAGCUAGCUUCAGACCUCCAAGUAAAGCAAAAAACCUCUUUGUAUGGCGGAUAUUGUCACGGAACAAAAUGGACGGAAAGUUCACCUUGGGACCUGUUGUUGGGGGUUACAGGGAAAACGACAAGGAGUUCGAGAGUAGGGUCAACAUGACCUCGAACGAUACGAUGAUUAUCAGGAACGUACAGGAAAAAGAUACCGGCAUGUAUUAUUGCGCUCGCCAAGUUGAAAAGAAGACUCGUUGGAGAUUUACUAGCGGCGAGACAAAACACUUUCUCGGUGCUCGUAGACCAGAUUUUGUAAGAUUUUUCUUUCACAUAGACGUUGUAUUACCAAGACGAUGGCCACCAAAACUAGUUACCAAUGUUUCCGCCUUACCAAGGAUAAGCGACACUCACGCAAAUCUAGAAUAUUUCACCAAUUGGGGAGAGUGGUCAUUGUGCAGUAUAUGUGGUGAGGAAGGAGAGCGCUGGCGGACAGGUUUAUGCUGGGCAAAGAUGAUUACACGAACAGUUUACAUUUCACCGGCCUUCGUCUACUAUACCAUGUUGGCCGCGCCAGGCGGUAUACCUUGCAGGGCGUCGUUGUUUAAACACUAUCCAAGAAUGCAUGCAAGAUUUAGGUCAAAUGAGAAAAUGGUUCAAUCAUGUAACAUUCCCUGUGUAAAUGACUCAAGAUUAGAAAAGAUGACUACUGACCUUGACAGAUUAAGAUUCCAAUCGCUCGCAAAAGUUCCACAUACAAAUAUACACGUUACGGAAGGGAAGAGUGUAGCCUUGAAGUGUCCGCGUGCGUCAACUGAUACCAUGGUGUACUGGGUUAACGGAUCCAAUUAUUUGACGUCACUGCAACUACGUAACAUAACAGCCCAGCGUGCGGAGAUUGACGUUUACGGCGUGCUCAGGUUUCACAGCACCAUCGUGGCAGAUACGGGAGUCUACUCUUGUUGGCACACUAAGAAAAGACAGAUAGUCUAUGCAUUGACAGUUAUUCCUGCUAAUAUAAAGGGUGACUGGUUGUACCAUAUGCAGUUCGUCAGUCUCAGUUUCAUUUUUGAUACAUUCGUCUUCAUCGCCCUUCUCACCGUGAAACACAAACACAGACAUGUCCAUCAACCAGAUCGGUCACAAACCACCGACAACGACGAGGAUGAGGAGUCGCGUAAUGAAAACUAUAACAAGUUUUAUGAUGACAGCAUGGAAGCCGAUUGUGACGAUUACAAGGAAGAAAAAUAUCUUUAUUGAAAUUA